AUGGUAUCGUGCAACGAUCUACUAGACCUUUAUGCUCCAAAGGCGAGCACACCGGACGAUAAGGUAGUCCCAACAAUAAUCUACAGUGGUACCCGACAUAGGACAAUGAAUGUCCUCAAGGUUCUGGAUCAGGCUCGCGGGACUCCUGAUGAGGCAGAUAAUCCAGAUUCUUCUUUUGCACGCCGAUUCCACUCCAUCACUGGUAGCUUGGGUAAAGUUGAUGUUGCCGAUGACUUUGCUGCCGGGAAAUACCCAAUUAUCUCAUCGACUAUGGCGCUUGGCUUGGGCCAGAACUGGUCGAGAGUCCGAUCGGUUAUCCACAUGGGCCGCGGUGACCCAGCUGCAAUUUGUCAGAUGUUGGGAAGAUGUGGGAGGGAUGGGCGCCCAGGGGUUGCAAUUAUGUUUGUAGAGAAAACACGUGUAGGUGGUAAAAAUCAAAUUAAUCAAAUCGUUGAGGGGGUUGAGCAAUCAGACGAUGACCGCAUGGACGCCUUGGCAAUUACUCCAGUAUGCCUUCGGAUUGCUUUUGCCUUGGACACAAAGCUUGGCUACAUCCCCAUGUCUGAAAAGGACAUAGGGUAUAAAAAUGAAAAAGCUCGUGAGGAAUCACAAGAUUUCGAGAAGUGUCGGUGUUCCAAUUGCAUGCCAAUGGAAGCAGACACUUUCAUUCAAAACAUGAAGAGGAUGAACAUCGAUAAUAUUGAUCGGAUGAUUACGACCGAUCUCAAUGUCUACAUAGCUGGUGCAUUGGUUUCAAAACCCAAAACCCCCAAGCCUCGGAUACAACGAACCUCUACAAAGCGAGCGAUGGCCAACCCAGAGGAUCUCAGGGAAUACAAGAGGCAGAUGCGAGAGGCAGUUGAAGAGCUACAUCUACGCGAUCAUGGGGAAAACAGUUUCUUUACAUCGUCUGAAUUGUUUCAAGAUGCAAAGAUUGAAUUGAUUGCACACAAUGCUGACCAUCUUGUCAAUGUCAAGCAGCUAGGGGUUCUCAUUGGUGGGGAAAUGGUAGCAGGACAGCUUGAUUGCCUCAUGGAAUUGACAAAAAAAUUUCAACUGAGGAUCAAACCGACUCCGAUUCCAAAAAAAACAGCAGCAGCAAUAAGAGCGGAGGCAGCAACAUCCGCAAUUAACAACAGGAUAGCAAAACCAACAGGACCGGUCAAAUCUGCACUUCGGAGGUCGGGUCGGAAGAGCCAGGAUUAG